GCCCAAGACUUCAUUUUUCAGGUGGAGUCUGCUCUUGCUUGGGUUAUAAAUUUGCAGGGAGGGAAGCCAGCAGCUGCUUCGCUGGAAUCCCGAUACAGGCAUCAUGAGGGAAUGUCUCUCGAUCCACAUCGGUCAGGCGGGAGUCCAAAUGGGGAAUGCCUGCUGGGAACUUUACUGCCUGGAACAUGGGAUUCAGGCGGAUGGCACCAUCCUGGCCAACCAAGCCCCUCCGAAGGCCGCGCCCGAAACCGAGCAAGUGGAUUCCUCCUUCGAGACCUUCUUCUGCGAGACGGCCUCCGGGAAGCACGUGCCUCGGGCGGUGUUCGUGGAUCUGGAGCCCACCGUCAUUGGUAAGUAG